AUGGGAAUACAUGGCGCCGCGAAACUGGCUCUGGAGGCAAGCAUAUCGUAUCAGGAUCCCGCUCACAGACUUCCUGGGUUUACGGAUAUUCUUGGCCUGUUCUGCAAAUGGCCCCUCAUAGACAACGUUGCAUUGAACGCCAUCGACAACCCGUUUCCGUUCCCGCUGACCACAAUGGGCGAGAGACCCGAGUCACGCAACGUCUGGAGGUUUUUACUCAAAAGGCAAGAGGCACAGUUGUCAAACCGCAAGAAACAUGUACUUCAAUUCUACGAAAGCUGGGAAGGCUUGGCCCCUUGGAAAUUCGAGGGGGAACACCGGGUUGAAAGGACAGACACUCGAGAAUUAGACUUCUUCAAGAAAGCAUUCAUCGACACGACCGCGUACCUCGAACGCUCUCUAGGUGGGCUCUAUGUCCCUCUCUACAGUCACGCAGUGCGUUGCCACAUCUCCAUCAACGUGCAAAGCUACGAACUAGCUUUGCGGAACACCGCCUCACAGCAAAAUAAAGGGAGAGGUGACCAGCUUCCCACCGGUCUGGAUCCUGUGUUUACGGAGCGCGCUUACAUUUACACCGAGAAUGUACCAGAGUUUGUUAGGGAAAUGGAGAACAGCCACCAUCAUAAUAGGGACAAGAACAUCUCGUAUGAAGACGUCUGGUGGACGAUGAUGAUGCGGCUUCACGCGUGGACCAUGAGUGUUAGAUGGAUGGAUCGUGAGGGGGUCAAGAUUCCGAGUGAGUACUACGAUAACCCGAUUCGUGUGUAUAUCCUGUAA